CGCGAUUCUCCCCCUCGGACGGGUUCGAUUAUUCUCGACCGUUGUCGCGAACGCGCGAGUCUAUAUUAUAAGAAGUAUAACACUGACGAUAAUAUUAUAAUAUUAUAACACCCGGCCAGAGUUUUUCGACAGUUCGGAAGACCGGAAUCCGUCGCGUUUAAAAGUUAUACUGAUCGGAGGUCGUAUAUGCGUGAAGUGCCGGUGACAUUAUAAUAAUUGAUAUACCAAUAUAUACGCAGCAAAUAUAUAAAGUACACGUGCGCUCGUCUUACGGUGAAAACGUGAUCUACGCAUUGUCAUUACAAUAAUAUUGUAUCGCGCCGCGGAAUGUCGUCGAAUCCCAUCCGAGGAAUCCGGCGGAAAAAGUCAUCGCUGACCGAAGUGAAGAUAGCGGUUUUGGGGGCUCCCGGCGUCGGCAAAAGCGGUGAGCAGCACCCCAUUGACGGUGCGGUUUUUAACAAAGCGAUAUAUUGGCGAAUAUGACCACCAAGCUGAAACCAGGUACAAGCAUGAAGUGAUGGUGGACAGCGAACCGAUUCUUUUCGAGAUACUAGACACCUGUCCAAAGAAUGACGAAGAGUUACCUUUAAACGAUGUUUACAACUGGGCGGACGCGCUUGUGCUAGUAUUCGCUAUAACAGACAGACGAUCGUUCAAUUACGUGCGGCGUGUAAAACAAACUAUGUUAGACGCUUUUGAAAUGCCCGUGGCACUGGUGGCCAACAAGGCUGAUAUGGUUCAUCUCAGACAAGUCAGCACGGAAGAAGGUGAAAUUUUAGCGAAAGAUUUCGAAUGUUGUUUCACCGAGGUGGCGGCUGCCGAACAAGUGGGACAAAUCGCCGAGGUGUUCCUUGAAGUGUGCAGAGAGGUGUUGAGUGUUCGGCGGAAAAACAAGCAAUCGUUGCUGGACCGAAUGUUAGGUGGUAAGACGGCUGUUGUAAAGGCGUACGCCCGAGGUAAAAGCGACAGCGCUUUGCCAAAAGAAUAAUGCAUUUUACGAUGUCAACACAAUCUUCUGGUUAUAAAGUUACAACCGCGUGGUAUACAAUAAUAUAUAGUAUAUGCACUUCAUCAGUACAUGAAACAUGAUGUAUACACAAUAUUUAUGUUAUCCACAGAUAAUUAAUAUCUCGGCAAUAAGGCUAAGGGAAUUUUUAAAUUGUUUAUUUUUUAAACGUUAUGGGAACAUAUUAUUUACAUUUUCUAUGAUUUCAUUAUCUGUUUUUGAAACUAGAAAAAAAUUUUAAUUCCUAAUAUAAUAAUAAAUAUUACUUGAUAUCCUAAUAUAUUAUAUUGUCUAGCUCGUGAUAAAAGAGUUAUUUUGUAUAUGUAAUAGUAUUAUAUAAUAUAUACAAUAACAAAAUAUAUUUUGGUCAUAAUGUUCAUAUAUAUAUAUUAUAAUUAUAUACAUCGAAUUUGGAUGCGAGCAACUGUGGAUUUCAGAAACUGCAACAUACCCAUUAUUCUAAUAUAUAUUGAAAUAUGAUAUAUAUUACACGCAUACUGCAACUGGAUGCAGAUUAAUUUAAAUAAAACACUCAUUAGAUAUACAUUAUCAUUAUGUAUGUAUAUAUAUACCUCAAGUACAUUUUUGUGUUAACAUAAAAAAAUGUUUU